UAGCCAUGUCAGGACGCGGCAAAGGUGGAAAGGGGCUUGGGAAAGGCGGUGCUAAGCGCCAUCGCAAAGUCUUGCGAGAUAACAUCCAGGGCAUCACGAAGCCCGCCAUCCGGCGCCUUGCUCGGCGUGGGGGCGUCAAGCGCAUCUCCGGUCUCAUCUACGAGGAGACCCGCGGCGUUCUGAAGGUUUUUCUGGAAAACGUGAUUCGUGAUGCUGUCACUUACACAGAACAUGCCAAGCGCAAGACGGUAACAGCCAUGGACGUGGUCUACGCUCUCAAACGACAGGGGCGCACUCUUUACGGCUUUGGUGGUUAAAGUCUCCACAAAUCAAGAUUUCCAUUUCUCAACCAAAGGCCCUUUUCAGGGCCGCCCACUUUUUCCCGUAAAAGAGCAGACAUCUUUUGCCGUGUUCUCGUAUUCUCGGUCUUGUUUUGAAACGUACCUAAUCCGGGGAUAAACUGCAGGAAACGAAGUAGCUGUGGACAAGGUCGAUCCAGGACAUGGAGGACGCUUAGGAAAAACUCCAGUGCUCGGAGAGUUACAGAUCAAAAACAAACCCAAACAAACAACAAAACAAGUCCCUGUCUUCUCACCCACCAGGA